UAACUUACGGUAUAUUUAAACGCUCUGGUCACUUUAAGUCAACAGCACGUGUAGGGCAUUUCAAAAAACUUAGCAAAACAUUUGCUAAUAGUUAGUUUAAGUUUCGAAAUAAAUUAAGAAAACAUGGUCAGUUUGGAGCCAAAGGGAACUGGCAAGGAGGGCAAAACGGGCGACAAGCCGCCGCCGGCCUUCAAAGGUAACAAAUCGCCAGGCAAGCCCGCCAAUGGACAGAAAUUCAAUCCUGGUGGAGCAGGAGGCGCCAGGAAAUUCGACAAAUCUGCCGGAGGUCCAGGGAAAAAGUUCGAUAAGCCUGGAGGUGGCGGCUUUAAGAAGUUCGACAAGCCUGGAGGUGGCGGCUUUAAGAAGUUCGACAAGCCUGGAGGUGGAGGCUUUAAGAAGUUCGACAAGCCCGGAACCGGCGGCUUCAAGAAGUUCGAUAAAUCCGGAGGAGCAGGCGGUGGCAACAAGUUCGCCGAGGGCAACAAGUUCCGGGGAAAACCACAGACACAGCCACAGGCGCCGGCGGAGGGCGAGAAACAGGACUGGAACAAGUUCAAACAGGAGAAGAAGGACCUCAAGCUAAAGCGCAAGAGCUCCAAGGACACCUACGAGAUCACCAAGGAGGCCAAACAGAUCUACGAAAAGCUGCGAUGCCGCCGAACAGAGAACAAGGACAAGCUGGUGGAGCAGAUAUACAAAGUGCUCAACGUGGGCGACACCAUCUCGAAGGUGGUGAAGGCUCACGACACCGCCCGCGUGCUGCAGUGCAUGCUGAAGUACGCCUCACCAGCUCUGCGAGCCGAGAUUUCCGAUCAGCUACUGCCCUUCAUCGUGGAGAUGUGCCAGUCGAAGUACGCUCAGUUCUGCGUCCAGCGGAUGCUCAAAUACGGUGCACCAGCUACCAAAUCAAAGCUUGUGGACAGUCUGUACGGACAUAUAGUCCGUUUGGCCGGACAUAGCAUCGCCAGUGGAUUGCUGGACACAAUGUACCAGAGUGCCACGCCCCAACAGCGCAUUAACAUGCGCCAGGAGUUCUAUGGCGAUCUAUACCGAAAAUCUAAGGAUUCGAGUGUGAAGACGCUUAGCGACACCUACAAGGAGGCUACCAACAUGAAGGCCUCCAUUCUGGGCUCGGUAAAAGCGAAUCUGGAUCAUGUAGCCAACAAACAGCUGGUGGACAGUUCGCUGGUCCACGCCGUCAUGUUGGAAUACCUGCGCGCCUGCGACGAGGAUGAGGAAAAGCUGGAGGAGACGGUCACGGCAUUUGCGGCCCUGGUGCCUCACAUGCUGUCCACCAAAGAGGGCAGCGAGGCGGGUGUCAUAUGCUUCUACAAGUCCACGCCCAAGAACCGCAGAGCUAUUAUCAAGAACAUCAAGGAGCACCUGCUUAAGAUCGCCACCCACGAGCACGGACAUGUGUUCCUCAUCUCGCUGCUGAACGCAUUGGACGACACCAAGGCCACCAAGAAGGCCAUCUAUGACCACUUGCACGGCGACCUGAAAACGCUGGUAGGCAACCAGUACGGCCGACGAGUGGUGCAAUGGCUGGUGGCUCCCGGCGACACCACCUGCUUCCAUCCGGAGUUCAUUCGAGUGGUGGACGAGGGCCUGGCAUUCGGCAAAAAGGAAAAGGAGCUGCGCCGCAAGGAGAUCUUCGAGCAAAUCGAGGCGCCGAUUGCACAGGCCAUCGCCGAGGAGGCAGCCUUCUGGCUGUCCAAUAGCCACAUCGGCCUCGUCACCUCCGACAUUUUGAAUCACAUUCAAGGCGAAUCCUAUGAGAAGGCGGUAACUGCCCUCGCCCAAGUGAUCGCCCAGCCUGAUUGGCGCAUUUCAGCCGAUGCCGCCGGUCCGCUCCCACAGGAUAAGAAGAAGCCCCACAACGAUGUGGAGGCCAUCAUAGCCGAGGCCACCAAACAGCGUAGGAAACUGCUAAACGCCGAAAGUAGCAGUGGCGAAGAGGAUGAAGAUGAGGAUGAAGAUGAAGAUGAGGAUGCGCAAGACGAUGACAAGAAGGAGAAGGAGGAGGAAGAUGAAGAUGAAGAUGAGGAUGCGGAGGACGAUGACAAGAAGGAGAAGGAGGAGGAAGAUGAAGAUGAAGAACCCAAGCUGAAGAAAGCCAAAAAGGCAAAGGCGAAGGAAGAGGAGCCGGCGGCGCCAUUGGUCACUGGAAUCGAGGAGGCCGGCAUGCACAUUGUAUUGAAGAAGAUCCUCAAGAACGAUGGAAAACGUGAGGGUACGCCGUUCAGCCAACAGCUCCUGCAAAACUUGACCACCGAUGUGCUCAAAGUCUGGCUUGGCGUUAACCGGGCCUGUUUCGUCCUGUUGAAGCUGGUGGAGGAGAGUCCCUCGCUGCUGGACGACUGCAAGAAGGUCUUCGCGGCGGAGAAGAGCCUUACCCAGACACUCGUGGCCCAGAAGACGUCCGGGGCCAAGCUGCUGGCCGCCAAACUGAACUUUAAAAAAUGAAAACCCUUUUUAGCUUAGACAAAACCUAACAUUUUAAAAUACAUAAUUCUAUAUUGAAAUGGC